AUCCCUCCCGCAUCCCUCCCGCAUCCCUCCCGCAUCCCGGUUCUCGGCUGCCGUGCGGGGAGGCUGCGGCUCGGGGCCGCCAUGGCGUGGCCCUGCAUCAGCCGCGCCUGCUGCAUCGCCCGCUUCUGGAGCCAGCUGGACAAGGCGGACAUCGCCGUCCCGCUCGUCUUCACCAAGUACUCCGAGGCCACCGAGCACCCCGCGGCUCGCCCCGGUCCAGCCGCUCCCAUCGAUACCCAGCCGGGCGCUGAGGCGGCGGCUGGUGGUGCUGGUGGUGAAGCGGCCCCAGGUGCGGCUCGGCCCGGCCCGGCCCCUCACGGGUCCCCCCCGGCUGACUCGGUGAUGCGGCACGACUACAAGCCGUGGAAGGUGCAGCGGCCGGAGCCGAGCUGCAAGCCCAAGAGCGAGUACCAGCCCUCGGAUACGCCCUUCGAGAAGGAGACGCAGUACCAGAAGGAUUUCCGCGCUUGGCCCAUUCCCAAGCGGGGAGAUCAUCCCUGGAUCCCUAAACCGGGACCUUCCCCCGUGCUCGCCCUGGACCGUGGGUCCCCGGAGAAACCGGCUCAGGAGAAGCGGAGGAAGGUGCUGCCCGGCGCCGAGAGGAAGGAGGAGGAUGGCGAAGCGGAGGAUGAGCAUCCCAAAGCGGUGCGGGCCGGGGAUGGCAGGGACAAGGCUCGGAAGAAGGUGGAGGAGACGGAGGUGGGCAGGGGCAGGGCGGCUGCUGAUGCCCUCAACAGGCAGAUCAAGGAGGAGGUGGCAGCGGGGGUCAGCUCGUCAUACAGAAAUGAGUUCAGACCCUGGGUAGACGUCAAGCCUGUGAAAGCUAUAAAAGCAAAGCCCCAGUACAAGCCACCAGAGGAGAAAAUGACCCAUGAAACCAGUUACAGCGCUCAGUUCAAGGGGGAAACCAGUAAGCCUGCUCCAGCUGAUAACAAAUACCUGGAACGCCGAAGGAUACGCACUCUCUACAGUGAGCCCUAUAAAGAACCUCCUAAGGUGGAAAAGCCUAGCGUAAAGCCUUCCAAACCAAAAAAGACCACAACAAGCCAUAAACCCCUGAAAAAGGCCAAAGACAAGCAGAUUGCAUCUGGCCGGGCUGCCAAGAAAAAGAGCGCCGAGACCUCCAACACAGCAAAGCCAGAGGACAAGGAGAAAAGCAAAGAGAUGAACAAUAAACUGGCUGAGGCAAAAGAGGUGCCUUGCAGUUCCCUACCCACGAUUGUGGAGGUCCCUAACCAUGGUCCCUAACCAUGUGGAGGAGAUGGGAGCCCAAGAGUUAAAGAAAAGCCUGCUAAUGGAUUGAAGGCAUCUUAAUGCUUUCUAAACCACCAGCUUUCCCUGCAGGGAAUCUGCUCCACGGACACCAACAGCAAGGACCAGCCACCAGAAAAUUACAGAUGAGGAGCAGUGACAGCUCUUAGCACAGAGGAAUGAUAACCCUUAACAUUGGCAGUUCAUCAGCAUGAGAGAUGGAAAGGGGGGAAUGUUUCUGAACCCCCCUUGUUGUCAUCUGCCCACCUCCCACCCCAACCUAGCCUGAGACAUGCACCAACCUCAAGCUCCCAAGCAAAGCUGGGUCUUCCCAAGUCUUCCUGGGGAUCCAUAGACCUGCAUUCCCUGUCUGGCUCCGAGAGAGGUCUGGAGAGCUGGGUCACAGCACAGGGUGAGGAGCACCCUGCAUGGUACAUGGUGGAGGGGAUCUCACCGCACCAUGGCUGUGGUAGAUGGGUCUGUCCUCAUCAGUUAACAGCACCCAGGAGCACUUGGUGGUGCCAGUACUCAAUGGUCAAGGUAGAGAAAUCCUUAGAGUAUCCUUUGGCAUUGACCUGACCUGCUCCUUGGCCUGGUUCAGGAGUUAGUACCCAAGUGAGGACCAGUGCAGCUGUGGCCACCUUUGAAGCCAAGACUUUUAACAUCAGGGAUAUGAACCACCAAUGAAAUAGUGCUUUGGAGUCUCAGGGCAGUGGAUGUCCUUGUCCCCAUUGCCCUGUUCCCUCCACUCCCUAUUGCUGACCAGGCUUCUCUGUCCCAAUUGGCUCCUUCCCAUGCUGUCCUCAGUGCCCCAUCAGACCCCAUCCACCCACCAUGGUGCUAUACCUUCUAUUGCCUUCUGAAUCAUUCUCCAUCUUCCCUGCCAGCUUUCCCGUGUCCAUCCCAACUUCUCCAACCUUUUCCUUUCUCCCACCUGUCCCCCUCCACAUCAUCCUAAAUCCACAGCUCUACCAGGGACCUUCUCCUCCCCAUCCUCCCCAAGUCUCUGUCUUGUGUCCUGUCUCUCUUGGACUAUAAACCUCGUUCUUUGCCUGUACUGUGUGAUAACAAUCACUGCUUUGAAUAAAUAAUACCUCACCUCUCA